AUGAAGAAGGGGGGGGAGGGGGGGGGGGGGGGGAACAAAUCUCUUUAUAAAGUAAAAAAUGAAACUAUUAAUCGUCGCUUAUUUCUUUUUUAAAUUUUGUAGUUAUAAAUGAUAGUAAUUUCUUUCUUUUCCAUAUAAUCACUGCUUUCAAAUACAAAACUAAUCAAUAUAAAAGAAAAAUAAGAGUUAUAAUCACACUUUGAACUAGUUCAUGAAUACUAAAAAUAACUUCUGUUAAGAAAUCUGUGGAUGAAUGAAUGA